CGUAUUUUCUGCUCCCCCCUUCUCCCCCGUCGCCGGCGAGAGCUCGGGCGGAGGCGCCACAGCACCCGCAGGAGAGCGUUUCUCCCCGGGAAAAAGGGGGCCCUCCGGAGCGGAGGGCUCUUUCUUCCUCUAUUCCCCAAGGGCUGCUGCCGCUGGAUUGGGCUGAAAGAUCUCGGUUCUAUUUCCGAAAGAAGGAUUUCUCGUCGCGAAUCCGGAUCUGUCGGUGGUGGGAAGUUGCCUCUUUUAUGUGGCGAGGCUGUGAGAAACCCGUGUGCCUCCCAUGGACGUGCUGAGCCCUGAUUGGCGCACCAGGCGAGAAAGGGGCAGCAGGCAGUAGGUGGUGACAGAGCAGGAAGACGAGGGAGAGGAGACAGACUGUCGGUAUAGAAGACAUCAAGACAAGCAGGCGACAAUAGGAAGGACAAAGGAGAAGGAGAGGAGGGAGCUCUCCAUGGGGGAGCCCCUCCUCACCUCCCUCUCCAUGGAAAACAGCAACAGCCACCCCUGCACGCUCCUCUCCAUGGACCCUGCCGGUUCACGCCCGGCCUCUGCUGAGUCUUCGGGUGGUGGCGGCGCUGCCACCAAUGGGGUUGGCAGUGGUGGUGAUAGGGAACUCUUCAUCGUUCCACGGCGUGAGUCGGCGCACCCAGGCCCGCCAGACAUCAACCUCCCGCUCUCUGCAGAUCCCUUACCGCCACCUCCGUCGUGGAGCCUCGACACGUUUGACAUACUUGAUGUCACUCUUGGAACACACAAUUAUGAGUCCGAGGUCGCGCUUACGCUUCCAAAGUCGACCGGCAACGGCAAUGGCAGUGCUACUGCUACUGUCAGUGUCGGCACGAGGAAGUGUGCUAAGAGAGGAGACAGCAUCUGGGGUGCAUGGUUCUUCUUCAAUCACUACUUCAAGCCUGCUCUUGUGGAGAAGCCAAAGGGGAAGGUGACGCGAGACGCGUCUGGGAGCAUCUCGGGCUUCGACAAGUCCGAUCUACGCCUUGAUGUCUUCCUGGUGCAGCAUGACAUGGAGAACAUGUACAUGUGGGUUUUCAAGGAGCGGCCCGACAAUGCCCUUGGGAAGAUGCAGCUCAGGAGCUUCAUGAAUGGGCAUUCCAAGCACGGGGAGCCGUCUUUCCCAUUCAGUGCCGAUAAGGGCUUUUCCAGGUCACACCGCAUGCAGCGAAAGCAAUACCGGGGGCUUUCGAACCCGCAGUGCCUUCAUGGGAUUGAGAUCGUGGGCUCACCGAAUUUGUCAGCAGUUCCUGAUGCAGACUUGAAGAGGUGGGCUGAACUGACAGGCAGGGAACUUAAUUUCUCAAUACCAUCUGAAGCCAGCGACUUCGAGGCAUGGAGAAAUCUUCCCAGCACUGAUUUUGAACUUGACAGGCCACAUCCACCGGCAGCAAAGAGUGCCACUCAUGGAUCUCAUAGCCAUAAGAAGGGAUUGAAUGGUUCAGGUCUUAACCUUUCAACUCCACCAUCAUCAGACGAUGGGAUGGACCUUUCACCAAAAUGUGCCAAACGCCGCAAGGGUUUCUUUGGCCAUGGCGUAGAGGAGGACUGUGUGAUGGCAAACAAUUCUUGUUCUGACAGAGAGCAAGAGGUAGAAGCUCACGCGGGCGAGCCAUCAUGGAUGCACGAGUUCACCGGUGUUGCCAAGCACGCAAGCGGGCCUGUCACUGCUGCCAAGACAAUAUACGAGGACGAGGAAGGGUACCUAAUCGUGGUGAGCAUGCUUUUCUCCGACCCGCAUAGCGUCAAGGUGUCCUGGAGGAACACGCUCACGCAUGGCAUCGUGAAGAUAACGUGCGUGAGCACUGCCCGGAUGCCCUACAUCAAGAGACACGACAGGACGUUCAAGCUGACGGACCCUUCCCCCGAGCACUGCCCUCCCGGCGAGUUUGUGAGGGAGAUACCUCUGGCCACAAGGAUUCCAGAAGACGCGAAGAUCGAGGCGUAUUACGACGAGACGGGAACUGGACUGGAAAUCAUGGUCCCAAAGCACCGGGUUGGACCGGAGGAGCAUGAAGUUCGGGUGUGCAUGAGGCCCCCGCAUCUUGGCGACAGCGAUCUUGUGCUAUCCUAGAACGAGGAAAACAGGUAGCUUUCGGAUUUUCCAGUGCCAUGUUUAUUGCCAUGAGAUACUCGAACGUAACAGGUGGUGCCAUGGAUCAGUGAGAGCCAUCAUAUUUGCUGCUAAACAUGUAGCUUAUAAGUUGAGAAAUUCUUUUCCUC